UACUAGUUGGGUUCGUUACCACUGAGCCAUGAGAGAAACUCUGAAACAGAGACGCUUUUUAAAAAAUGUGUAGGAAAGGCACAGGCCCUAGAAGAGUUUUAACAAUCUUGAUGAAGAAUACAGUUUUGUGUCUAUAAAACCAAAUUUAUAAAACAAGGUAUAUUCAAAAUGAAAUUAUGCUUCUGAGUAAGAUGUAGAAAGUCACAGGAGUCCAUCGCUUCCAACUUAAAAAUGAGAGAAAGAUGGAUAUUCUAUAAAAUUCUCAGGGAGCUGAGGUCUCAAGGACAAAAAUACACCUGUAAUGAGUGAGACAAGAAAAAAAAAACUGACAACAUUCUCUGAAAACUAUAGUCUUGAUGUCAAACUUGCUGUAGGCUUUGUUCUUUCAAAUAGGAGAGGAACAGCAAAGGCUUCAAAGAGAAAAUGUCAGAGGAUUUUCUGAUCUUUGAAAAGAGAUUUUCAGCACAGGGACUUCAAAUCCAACAUGUCCCAAACCAAGCACAGCUCUCCUUUCUCUGUUAAGCCUCCGUGACUUCCUGGGUUUCUGACCCCAGCAAAGUAAUCACUGUUGUCCCCACUCCCAUAAGCCUGAAACACAGAGGCCAUCCAGACUCCUCUCCCCUUUGCUACCAUCAUCCAAUCAAUUACUAAGAGCUUCCAAUUCUACUUCACAAUUUUCUGAAAUCCCUCCCUCUUCUUAGUGGGUACACCCCCACUUCCCAGAGAACAACUCACAGCUCCGCUGGGACAACCUGUUUCUCAUCUAGCCCCACCUUGUAGCAAGUGGAGGCCAUAAAACUAAUAAAUGACUGACUUCCUGCCUGAGAGCAAGGCGCUUAGCACCGCUUCCAGCGCGCUCUCCACCUGCCUCCUCAGGAACUGAUCUCUGCAGCCCUAUCUUCUGCUGCUUUGUCACCAAAAGAAUUCCAAACUACAAUCUGGCUAUUCCCACGGAGAGGAAUAGCAUUCCCACUUUUCCUUGCUCUGAUAAUUCUCACUCAUUCACCGACGCGGUUUGGGAAAACUAGUAGUGCUCUCGGGUACGCAGUGUCCCUCGCCCACGUAUCCACUACACCGGUGGAAUCUCUAUUUAGCUUUUGCCACCGUAUUGUGUGUCUGGAACCAAAGGGUUCCCACCAAAGUUGCUGAACCAGCGGAAUGCAAACGUCCCCGCUCUCCCUUCCCGUACAUGGUGCGUAGGCUAAGCUGUCCUUCUAUCCUACUCCUCCUCGCCUUUCUGUCCCAUUUGGCUGGGGACACACAGUUUCGGAAAAUCAAGGUCAGGGCAACAACCCAAGACCCUCCUGCCUUACUUCCCCCGGCUUUAAGGCAUCUGCGCAGGGAGGGAUUCCGACACCUUGGGUCGGAUGCAGGGCUUCGCUGGUCCUGCCGCCCAGAACCCGACUCUCUGCCUGGGUUCCUGUUCCCUGCGUCCCUGGGCGGCGCGCCCCUGAGCGGCCGCGCAUUCCCCCGUCCCUGAGAAACAUCCGCGCAGCGGAGAGGCGGCGGGAGCAGGGCGAUCUUCGUUCCUCGAAUGCGCAGUGAUGGGUUCCCCGCCGCGCUUCAGCCCCUGGGUGUCCUGGAGAAGAAUCCUGUGCAUCGUUUCCCUGCCGUUUAUCUCAUCAGGUUUUGCUCCUCGGAUGAAAAACAGACAAAAUUUUAUAUUUGAAAAAGUGCAGCCAGAGCCAAAGGGGCACAGGGAUUCCGAAGCCUCCUUGUCUCCCGGCUCCCCUCUCUCUGUCUUCGCUGUCCGCAGGUAUAACUGGUCUCACCUGACCCCCCUGGAGCUGCAGGAUCGCUCUGUGGGGCUUCAGACAGAACAGAGGGCUGGGAGAAAUCCAUACUUCACGCUGGAGGGUCAUGAGUUCCUCAUUUUGGGGGGCUCCAUCCACUACUUCCGGGUGCCCAGGGAGUCCUGGAGGGACCGGCUGCUCAAGCUGAAGGCCUGUGGCUUCAACACGGUUACCACCUACGUUCCCUGGAACCUCCAUGAGCCAGAAAGAGGCAAAUUUGACUUCUCUGGGAACCUGGACAUGGAGGCCUUCAUCCUGCUGGCUGCGGAGGUUGGGUUGUGGGUGAUCCUGCGUCCAGGCCCCUACAUCUGCAGUGAGAUCGACCUCGGGGGCCUGCCCAGUCGGUUACUGCAAGACCCCACAUCGCAGCUGCGGACCACCAACCACAGCUUUAUAGAGGCCGUUGACGAGUAUUUAGAUCACCUGAUCGCCAGAGUGGUUCCACUCCAGUACCGCAAGGGGGGCCCGAUCAUUGCAGUGCAGGUGGAGAACGAAUACGGCUCCUUCCAUAAGGAUGAGGCGUACAUGCCCUACCUUCACAAGGCCCUGCUGAAAAGAGGGAUUGUUGAGCUGCUCUUGACCUCAGAUAAUACGAACGAAGUGCUGAAAGGCCACAUCAAAGGAGUGCUGGCCACCGUCAACAUGAAGUCCUUUAAGGAGGGCGAGUUCAAGGAUCUCUAUCAGGUGCAGAGCAAUAAGCCCAUUUUGAUCAUGGAAUUCUGGGUCGGCUGGUUCGACACGUGGGGGAAUAAACAUGCUGUGAGAGAUGCAAUCGAUGUUGAAAAUACCAUAUUUGAUUUUAUCAGAUUGGAGAUCUCCUUCAACGUGUAUAUGUUCCAUGGAGGAACCAACUUUGGUUUUAUGAAUGGGGCCACAUACUUUGAGCAGCACAGAGGUGUUGUCACGAGCUAUGACUAUGAUGCGGUGCUGACGGAGGCCGGGGACUACACCCCUAAGUUCUUCAAGCUCCGGGAACUCUUUAAAUCCAUCUUCGUAACUCCUCUGCCCGCCUUACCUGAGCCCACUCCUAAGGCUGUGUAUCCCUUGGUGAGGCCGUCCCUCUACCUGCCACUGUGGGAUGCCCUGCAGUACUUAAAUAGUCCUGUCCUCUCUAAUGUCCCACUCAACAUGGAGAACCUUCCCAUCAACAAUGGGAAUGGCCAGUCCUAUGGCCUCGUGCUUUACCAGACGACUAUCUGCUCCGGGGGCCAGCUCCACGCCAACGCUCAGGACAUGGCACAGGUGUUUUUGAAUGAGACAAAUUUAGGAACUCUGGCUAAUGGUCGUCAGGACGUGUACAUUCCGAGGAUCACGGAAUGUCAGCUUCUAAGGAUUCUGGUGGAGAAUCAAGGACGAGUCAAUUUUUCAUGGAAAAUUCAAAAUCAGCAGAAAGGGUUAAUCGGACCUGUUACUAUAAACGACAUUCCCCUGGAGAGUUUCACCAUCUAUUCGCUGGAACUGAAAAUGAGCUUCUUCAAGAGGCUCCGCUCUGCCUCCUGGAAGCCUGUCCCAGAUGGCCACCUGGGUCACCCUGCCUUCUACCUGGGUACCUUGAAGGCUGGCUCCUCUCCCAUGGACACCUUCCUGACACUACCGGACUGGAAUUAUGGAUUUGUGUUCAUCAAUGGACGUAACCUUGGGCGAUAUUGGAAUAUUGGGCCUCAGAAAACACUCUACCUUCCUGGUUCCUGGCUUCAACCAGAGGACAACGAGAUCAUCCUGUUUGAGAAGAUAAUGAGUGGUUCAUACAUCCAUACCACAGACAAACCCAUAUUGUAGGGCUGUGUUCUAACAUCCUGCUUGGAUUGCUGGAUUUCAUCCACGGGCAGUUUUUCAGGAGGAAGAUUUACAUCAAGAAUAUCAAACACAGUGUUGCCUACAAUAAACCCCAAAAAGGCUAAAAAAUCAAUAGGGAAAUUGUUAUGUAUAUUAUAGUAUCCAUAUGAUACCAAUGUUAGGCUUUAAAAAAGCUCCAAAAUCUUCAGUGACUGAUUUGCUAGUAAGAGGCUUAACUUUUAGCCGGUCUUAUUCUCUGUUCAAAUGUGCUUUUAGGCAGAUUUAAAUAAAACAAAUGCAUUUUAUUUCUGCUUCUCCAUACUCAUUAGGGAGGAAGGGAAGAGUCUUUGACCAAAGCUAAGAAGAGAGAGUAUUGUAUAUGCCGUCUGCAGACUCCUGCUGUGUGUG